UGUGACCCUGGCAAAGGUUUCCACUUAGGGACCUGACACAUGACACAAAUAAACAAAGCAUUGAAAUCAUAAAAUAAAUCUUAAGCUUAAAAGACCAGAAAAAUUAGAAAUAAAUUGAAUACUAUAGACUGAAGUCUGAUGGGGUAAAUCCUGCCUGUAUUUUAAGCUCGGGAGAAAAGACAAGUCAUUACAAGAAAACAUAAAGUUUCAGAAAAGCCUGUUAAACCUCUUAGAGCAGGCGUGUGGUCUGAGCCUGUGGGAGAAGCACAUCACUGAAUCUGAUAAACCAAUUAGUGGAAAAGGGAAACUUGUGUUUUGAGACAAAUGCUCACAGUUAUGGCAGUUUACUGCAAAAAGCCACACAGUUUGACUCUUCAGACACUCCUUAGUAAUAGCUCAGUAAUAAUCCCCGUGACAUGCUGAUUUAACUUAAAACCUUCUAUGAGCGCAGCCUUCGACCACUGAACUUCUGUUGUGCGGUUGUCAGCGACAUGAAGAUACAGCCCCAUCAAAAGCCCUGCUAUCAUGGACAUGCCAUAAAUCUUCCUCGUGCUUGCUAUAAAUACUUGAUGAUAACACCUGAACCAGCCCGGUAUAAAGGUCGCACUAACUUUUAGCUACUGGUGAGCAACUAAAGACUACCGGGUCAGCCCCCUUUUGUAGUUAGCCCCGCCUCGCUUCGCACACCUGUGACGCACGGCGAGCCGCACCUGUCCGCCCUUCUACAACCUGCCCCCUGGGAUGCGCCCCUGCUUGGGCUCAUAUCACUUUCCACUACACCUCCUGUCCGGAACAUCCUCAUCAUCUACUUCCUUUCCGUAGUUUGUGUGUGUGUGUCUGUGUGUGUGUGCGUCUUUGUGUGAGUGUGUAUGUCGGUUCACCUGUCGCGCUGCAUGGAGCUCCUGACUUACCUCCACGAUUCAGAGCUCGUGGCCCGGUUCCAGCGGCGAUGCGGACUCUUCCUCGUCGAAAGCGCGCAUCUCAAGCCCGAGAGACCACGUGGGCAGCUGGUGAUGGACAGAUUGGACCACCAGGACCGCAAUUCCAACUAUAAAUACAAGGAGAAUGGAUACGCUUCACGUGACUGCGGUAGGCCUCGUUACGAGGUGAGGAACUGGCCGUUGCACUUCCUCUUCCUGCUGUCAGCCAGCCUCGGGCAUGAAAUCUUCUACAUCACCUGUCUGCCCAACAUACAUUGGAGCGUGGACCCUUUCCUGUGCCGCCGCCUUCUCAACAUGUGGGCCUUAGUGAUGUACGUCGGCCAGGUGAUGAAGGACCUCCUGAAGCUGCCUCGCCCAUACUCUCCCCCUGUUGUCAAGCUGGAGACACGUGUAGACGCAGAAUACGGACUGCCCUCCACCCACGCUAUGGCAGCAACUGCCAUCUCCUUCACACUUUUACUAAGCGCCACCUCCAGAAUACAGUUCCAGUUCGGGGUGGGCCUGACCAUCGCAGUGACACUGGCGACCUUGGUGUCUCUGAGCCGCCUCUACACUGGCAUGCACUCAGUUUUGGAUGUUAUCUGUGGGAUCUUGAUCUCUGCCGUGCUGUUAGGGGGCACCUAUCCCUACUGGGAAACAAUGGACCACUUCCAGCUCAACAGCCCCAUCUCCCCCAUUGUAGUGCUGGUACUGUUCUACUUCCUCUGCUACAUAUACCCAGAGCUGGACCAUUACAGCACCACACGGGGGGAUACGACCACCAUUCUGGGAACGUGUGCCGGGGCCUCAGCGGGGUACUGGGUGAAUCAGCAGCUGGGGCAGACGUUUGAGCCUGAGGGCAUGUUGCCUGUACCUUUGCCCACGCUGACAGCGAGCGCACUAGCGUUAGGCACUGGCCGCUUCUUGGUGGGGGCUGUAAUACUGCUGGCAACUCGGCAGAUAGUGAAAACGGUGAGCCUGCACAUGUUGUAUUCAUGGUACAAAGUACCAAAAAGUGACAACAAUGCCAGGAGGAGGAAAGAGAUUGAAGUGCCUUCUAAGUUUGCCACAUAUACAUCUGUUGGGCUGGUUAAUUCUAUACUGGCCAACAGAAUUUUCCUUUUUUUGGGACUGUUAUGACCUGACUGAUCAAUAUGAUCUGAACAAAACCGAACCUCAUAUUUAUCUCAAUGUUCUUAAAAUGAUCAUUUUUUUUGUAAUACAUUGCAAGAUUUUCAGAAAAAGUUCUCAGAGGGAAUGAUUCACAACUGUGUACUUGUGACUGACCUGUAACUGAGUUGAAAGAAAAUAAAACAUUUUGCUUAAA